CGGCUAUCUAUCACGACAAACUCGAGGACUGACCGGUAUGGCCGGGAUACUACCAGCACGACUAACCAACGCUUGUCAGGUUCAGGCAUGACGUGCGGCUUCAAAUCUUCAAAAACAAUAACAACGGUACCUCGUACGUUGCCCGGGAACCUACGAAGCAUCCCAGGCGCUCCCGUAUUGUCGGCGACGAUUUGGGUGAACGGGAAACAAAAGCUUCUGGUCCACACGCCAACCAUCAGGAAGCUCUAGAGGAUUUGAGCUCAGAAGCAUGGGAUUAGCGCUCGAAAAUCUCACAAGUACUAGGCUGCCUGACUUCUGUGUCAAGUUCGGAUCGUCGUUUGGCCGCCAACUUUCCCCUUCAUUCCUUCACGUUUGCCGUCACGGCCAUUGACAGCUGGCUGGCCAAUACUCCACGCCGCUGCGCUACGCGGUAGGUCAACAUAGUGAUUCCCAGUUUUGCAUAGCGACGCUCUCUUCCACCGCCGAUGUCUCCAUGUCCGACUUGCGCCUCGCUCUGGCCACGCUCUGACCCUGCAGACCAGCCCGAUUCCGACCCUCCGCAUGCUCAUAACAUGACUGCCAUUUUGGCCGGCACAAUAACCGGGUCUAUCAUAUUCGUCCUUCUAUUUGUCGGUCUUCUCUUCCUCUUCCAUCGUCGCCGACGCCUCUUGCAAAUCAACAGCGAACUUGAGGCGGGUAGAAUCACACCUUUCCGCGACGAGCGCGUCAUAGACAUCUCGUCCCGCCCGCUUACGAUUCCUGGGAAUGUCUUACCGUUCCCUCACGAUGUGGUAUUGGAUAUAUCUCCGACGUCUAUGAUGAGGCUUGGCAUUGUUGGCUCGGGUUGGAAUGGCGAAGAUGCCAGUCUGAGUGAUGGCGGCAGGGGCGGGGAUGUGACGAGGGAUUUGUCGGUGGGGAGGACUUUGGCGGAUGAGGCGGAGCUUGUCAGAAAACCUCGUGAUGCAGAUGACCGGACAACCUACUCAGCGUCAGAGUCAAUAGACGUCGUCCCAUCACUAUCGCCAAACAUUAGCCGGGCCGUGACACCAUUCCGGCCCCAAGACCGCGCACAAAGUCCUAUCAAUCCCAAGUUUUGAUGAUGGGUUUCAGGGCUCUAUGUAACGACACUGUAGUUAUUCAUGUUCCGUGCGUGGCUUCUGCUGGUCAGUUUGCCCACUAAGGAGGAUGAAGAGCGUAUAUAAU